CAAUGUUAUUUCAUCGUCUUCAGAUCCUACGGAUUUGAGCCGGUGCCCCCCACACCUGGCCCGUACACGUUACCUGCGGGCCGCCCACGACUGGGACAUGUGCUACGAGUUCCAUCUGGAGGAGAGGACCUGGAGGACGGCGCUCACUCUGUGUGGGAGGAGAGGGGGGACACUGGUCACUAUACAGGAGGCCAGGAUACAGUCGUUCCUGAUGCGGUCUCUGGUCUCGUACAGAUGGCCUCGGAACGGCGUGUGGAUUGGGGCCACCGACAAAGAUGAAGAGAUGAAGUGGAAGUGGAUUACAGGUGUGUGUGUGUGGGUGUGAGUGAGUGUG